CAUGCUUACUCGCUCGCUGCUCAGAGCGCAGCCGGCGAAUGCUAUUCGUCGUACUUUUACUACAACUCGUGUUGUCUGCCAAGAGGCUGCAGCAACCACCCCAAAUCUGGGUCAUGUUUCCCCACCCAAGAAGCCAGUUGGCGCGUUCCGGGGAGGCAUCGUAGGCUUCCUAUUCGGGUUCUCUCUUGCCUCCUCCUACGCUGCCUAUCAUCUGCUCGAUGAGUACAAACAGGCGUCCGCCGCGUUGCAGGCCAGCGUCGAGGAACUGCAGCACAGUACAGAAAGAAUCACCGCACACAUCAGGAGAAUAGAAGCGGUUGAGAAGGACUUGAAGGCUCUUCGGGACUUGUCUGCGUCCAAGGACGAUAUUUCGCGUGUCAGAACUGAGGUGAAGAAACUAUAUGAUGGGCUGCACGUUGAGUUCUUGGACUUGCGUUCUCACGUCUGGGGCAUUCAGCAGGAUUUGCAUUCGCUCUCCAAGAAGGAGGCAACCACUGUUCGUGUCGUCUAGAGGAAUAUAUCCAACAUUUCAUUGCCC